AUGUCGUCAGACUACACAUACGAUGAGCAGGGUCAAUUCUUCCCUUUCUUCAUCUUGACCUUGAGCGGCCUGGUCACCUUCCCUCUUACUUACAACCUGCUUCGACCAAGCAAAGAGCUGGAAAACACUGCGCCCCGCAUCAAAUCCGAUUUCAAGCCCAAAGAUGCGGAUCUCGUGGAGGCACAGAAGCGCAAGCGGCUGCGCAAAGAGCGCCGCAUCAAGCGCAUUGUUACAGUUAUUCUAGGGUAUAUUGUUAUGGCAUGGAUGGUCUACCUCAUCCUGGUCACGGCCCGAACUGCCACAAAGUCCUACGAUCCAUAUGAUAUUUUGGGCGUCUCAAGGAGCGCCGAUGAAAAAGCCAUCUCCCGCCACUACAAGCGUCUCUCUCUCGUCUACCACCCCGAUAAAAUCCGCCCCGACCCCGCCAAGAAUGAAACCAUGGAGAUGCUAAACGAUCGCUUCGUCGAACUAACCAAGGCUUACAAGGCGCUGACUGACGAAGAGAUCCGCAACAACUACCUCCAGUAUGGCCACCCCGACGGCAAGCAAAGUUUCAGCAUUGGCAUUGCGCUCCCUAAACUCAUUGUUAUGGAUGGCAAUGGAAAAUACGUUCUGCUGGUGUAUGGUGCUCUUUUGGGCGUUCUUUUACCGUACAUUGUCGGAAAGUGGUGGUACGGUUCGCAGCGCUACACCAAGGAGCGUGUCCUCGUGGCUAGUGCUGGCAACAUCUUCCGCGAGUACAAGGACGACAUUUCGGAUAACGGCAUCAUUGCCGCCUUGGCUUCCGGCGAGGAGUUCAAGGACAUUCUCAAAGGUGCUCAGGCUGAAGCUGGGCUUGCGAAAUUGGAAAGCAAGGUUUUGUCGGCUGAGAAUUCCUUCUUGGCUGCAAAGGAUCGUGACUCUCUGAAGAGAUUGGAUAGCGUGACCCGUCGGAAGGCUCUGGCUUUGCUCUGGGCUUAUAUUGGUCGGGUCGAUCUGGGAGACGCGUCUCUGAAUGUAGAGAAGUACGAAGCUGCACCUGUUGCGCUUGCUCUUACUGAGGCAUUCACGGCCAUUGCUCUCGCGUUUGGCAACCUGCGACCGAUCAUUGGUGCUUUCAAGGCUUCUCAAAGCUUGAUCCAGGCUGUACCUGCGAACUCUUCGCCCCUCCUGCAAUUGCCCAACUUCACCGAUGAAGUUGUGAAGGCUGUCGAGGGAGAAGAUUCCAAGAAUCACUUCACAGUUCAGAAAUUCAUGGGUCUCCCAGAAAGCGAGCGACGCAAGCGUGCUGUGGGAGCUGGCCUUCUCACCGAGAAGCAGUACACUGACGCGAUCUCGGUUGCACGGCAAUUACCUGCCCUGGAAGUCUCCAAGGCAUUCUUCAAGGUUAUGGGAGAGAAGGUCAUUACGCCUAGCAGUCUGGUACAGCUGGUUGUGAAGGCUCGGUUCAUCCCCCCAGGCUGCACCCAGAUACCUGCCGUCAAUGCACUUGAUCUGGAGGACAUUGACCCGGAUGAGGAUGAUCUGGAUGCUCUGAUGGGCCGUAAGCCGGCUAAGAACCGCGCCACCAAGAUCGUUGAUGGCAAGAAGGUCGAUGUCAAGAUCGAAAAGGUCCAACCGCCACUCGCCCACGCUCCCUAUCUCGCCCGCGACCACUCCCCCCGCUGGCACAUUUUCCUCGCCGACGCUAAGCAGGGCAAGAUGGCCGUUCCUCCAUUCACAUUCACCACUUUCGACAAGCCAAUCCUCAACGAGGCCGGCGAGCCCACCUUCAACGUUCAGACCCUCAAGAUGCAGUUUCAAGCUCCUCCGCAGGUUGGCGACUUCACAUUCGUCAUGACCAUGAUCUGCGACAGCUAUCUGGGUCUAGACACCAAGUUGGAGAUUACUCUACAUGUCGAGGACCCCGCCAAGGCAGUAGCCUUGGAAGAGGAGGACGACAUCAGUGAACCAGACGAGGACUCGAUCGCUGGCCAGAUGCAGGCGCUCAAGACCGGCCAACCCCCGAAAAAGAAGACCCGGAAGGCUUCCGAUUCCUCCAGCGAGGAGGAGAGUGAUACCGACGGCGACGCAGGCGAUACCAGCGACACCAACACAGAAACGGAUGUGGAGGAUUGA